CGGCUGAAUGUGAGCCUUAUAUGCGCAUCGGAAGACAGGAACUGGUUAGAAACCACGCUGUAGCUAGAGAGACUCCCGCCUCAUUCAAAGACAAUACUUUAGUUUGAACUUUAAAGUUGAGUCUUUGAGUUAAAGGACUUUGAUCAACAUGGCUGAGAAGAUAGACUUGGAGGAAAUCAAGGCAUCCAACGGUGAGGCGCACCACGAUGAGCCGCUGGCCAACGGGCUGCCCGGGCAGAGGAAGGGCUACCCGGAGCCGCUGUCCCAGCGCGUGAAGAGGAUCGUCAUGGCCAACCUGCUGGUGAUCCUGACCGUUGCCGGGGUCCUGGUGGGGGUCUUUAUCGGGCUAGGUGUGAGAAACGUGUCGCUGACCCAAACCCAGAAGAUCUACAUCGGCUUUCCUGGUGAGAUCCUCAUCCGGCUGCUGAAGAUGAUCAUCAUCCCCCUGGUGGUGUGCAGCUUGGUGUCCGGAGCGGCCAGCAUCGACCCCAAAGCUCUGGGGAAGUUAGGCGGCUGGGCCAUGCUGUUCUUCUUGGUGACCACCUUGUUGGCCUCAUCCAUCGGGGUGGUGAUGGCUUUCAUCAUCAAGCCGGGAAACGUGGACGUGAGCGACGGAAAGGUGGUCAGUGAGAUAACCGACGACGUCCCGGCUACCAAAGAAGUCAUCGACUCCUUCCUAGACUUGAUCAGAAACAUCUUCCCCUCCAAUCUGGUGUCUGCUGCAUUUCAGUCGUAUGCAACAACCUACAAGCAUUUAAAAGGCAAUGAAACCAUGAACAUCACAGGGGAAAAGGUUCCUGUUGGAUCAGAGCAAGAUGGCAUGAACAUCCUUGGACUGGUUGUCUUUGCGAUUGUUUUUGGCGUGGCUCUGAGGAAGCUGGGUGAGGAAGGAGAGAUCCUCAUCCGGUUCUUUAACUCCUUUAAUGAGGCCACCAUGGUUCUGGUCUCUUGGAUCAUGUGGUACGCCCCUCUCGGUAUCAUGUUCCUCGUCGCCGGUAAGAUUGUGGAGAUGGAUGACGUUGGCAAGCUGUUUGCUAGCCUGGGAAAAUAUAUCGCCUGCUGCAUGAUUGGGCAUGCCAUCCAUGGCCUGCUGGUGCUACCAGGCAUCUACUUCAUCAUUACAAGGAAGAACCCAUACACCUUCCUGUGGGGCAUAUUAGCAGCCCUGGCUACGGCUUUCGGAACGAGCUCCAGCUCUGCCACUCUGCCUCUCAUGAUGAAGUGCGUGGAGGAGAAAAACGGCGUUUCCAAGCACAUCAGCCGCUUCAUCCUGCCCAUCGGCGCCACCGUCAACAUGGACGGCGCUGCGCUCUUCCAGUGUGUGGCGGCGGUUUUCAUCGCCCAGCUGAACAACACCAGUCUCAACUUUAUUCAAGUCAUAACCAUCCUGGUCACAGCUACAGCGUCCAGUGUCGGAGCAGCAGGUAUACCUGCAGGUGGUGUGCUGACCCUAGCUAUUAUCCUGGAAGCAAUAGGACUACCUACCUCUGACAUCUCUCUCAUCCUGGCUGUUGACUGGCUUGUUGACCGUACCUGCACGAUUCUGAACGUGGAGGGUGACGCAUUCGGAGCAGGACUCCUGCAGUUCUUCGUGGAUAAAACUUCCAAACACGAAGGAGUAACGGAGCUCGGGGAGGUCAGGAUAGAAUCUGCUGCAAUCCCGGAAAACUCGCCGCUCAUCGAUAAACGAGGCUUAGACGGUGCUAAAGCAGUCCUUUCUGCCGAGAAAGACUCAGCCAUGUAAUCUACCUGGAGACUUUUUUUCUUUCACAAACCUUCCGGCACACGGAAAGUUUAAACUCCCCCUUUCACCUCAAGAAAAGAGUCCAAGCAAAGAGGAUGGACAUGUGCACUACAAUGCAAAACAAUACUCUUGGACCUCAAACACUUUUCUGGAGGGGGGUUGUCCAGCUAAAAUCAAAAUAGAAACCAUGAUACACUCAGUGGGUUAUUUAAUUUUUUAGGGGGAUAUAACACUGCAGAUGGUGCAUUUAUUCAUGCUGGAAAAUGAAUAUGAGGCUCUGCUGCUCUCGUAUCCGUUGUGCAUCAUUGUUCUUCCGACCGAAACUGUCUUUUUGUGUAAGGAAAAAAAGAGUCAAUAUUUGAACCUAAAAUAGUUUCUAUAGUUAAUAUGAAAUAUUUUAGAUUGAAAUAUUUAUUGUGCAAUCAAAUAUUUUCCAAAUGGGCUAAACAUAAGUACAGCUUCUUUCACAUUUCAUCCAGUGGAACUACAUGCAUUCUGGAUGGAGAGUUCUGUCGAUUCGCAUCAACGCAGGGUUGCUGAAGUGUAACUGUGCUGCGGAUGCAGUCGUUUUCUUGUUUUUGUUGUUAAAUCUUAAAGUGAGAGUCCUUAAGUCGUUUUAAAUAGAGAAAUGUGACCAACUGUUUGUGACCAACCCUUUUCCAGCUUAUCUUUUUGUUUGGCAACACUUUAGAAUUUUCAAUUAAAAUAAGACACUUUGAUUAGAGAUCACCUGCAAACUAUGACAUGCUACUGUAAUCAUUACCCAAACGGGGUGUUUUGUGAUGCUGUUUGUGUAGAGAAAGCAGCUUUUCUCCAUGCUGCUGAAAGUAGAGCACAGACAGCUGCUGAUAAGAGUUAAGGAUGUUCAUGAUUUGUUUUGACUAUCUUAAAUCAUUUUUUUUAACUGUAUGGACAUGGGAAAGUUUAAUUGGUGGGCUAACUUGCCAAAAACGAUUCCAGGCCAAAUUUAUUCAUAGUAUAGAGGAAAAAAUGCACUUUCUUCUUUAGAUUAUGAUGUUAUUCCUGCAGAGUAACCAAAGGUACAAUCUGUAACUAUCUGCACUAUUUCUCUUUUUUUAGAUUGUUGGAAUCAUUCAAUUGUACUGUAAUGGGUUCCAUUUACAUUAUUUUAGUAAUAUCUUCUCGUUUGCAGAGAGGCAACGAUCCAAUAAAGCUUGAUGAAGCUUGAUGAAGCCCAUGUUGCAAAAAAGUAGUCGAUCCACUUGCCUUAAAUCUGUCUGAAAAUGGCCAUGAUGAUAUAUAGUGAAUUGUACAGAUGUUUUUUUUUUUUUUUCUGAGGGGGCUUGUUACUACAUGUCCUAUUUUUUUUUUUGUUGUUUUUUUACAUGUUUAGCAAUAAACCUGUAAUUUUAUUUCAAAGGACAGAAUCUGUAAUGUAAGAGCACAAGUGUUUUGACUCUAGAUGGACUUUACCUUGUUAUGUAGACAACACAGCCUCAGGUUUAAAAUCUGCCUUUACUUCAGGUAGUUUAAGACCAAAAAUCUAUGUCAGCCUAAUGAAGAAAAAAAAAAUUACAGCUUCAUAUUUGGGGCUUGUUUUUUCUGACCCCUGAGUUACACGAUCUUUUUUAUGGGGGUAUUAAUAGAGUGAUGGACAUUGCGUCAUACAUAAUGUAUGGUAUGCAUACUGUUCCCGUUAUGCAACUCUCAAGUUACCUUCAAAUACAAACUUGUCUGUACAUUUUUAAACUCGCAGCAAACCCAGAUGGUUCUUCCAGUUAAGUUGAACACACAGU